UGCUACAAUUUUCAAAGGCAGGAGAAAAGUUCUGUUGCUUGAAUGAUGGGCCCUAAGAUCAAAUGUGCUUCAUCCCCAACUUGCUUGUGUUCCAAAACAGAGAAGAAGAAACAGAAGCCGACCUUUGACCCAGACCUUGCUCCUGCAGUGAAUGAAGCACAGAGGAGAACAUCAAAGAAGUAUGAAGCCUGCAAGUACCAGCACAGGGAUAUCCUUGUUCAGCAAUAUUCUGUCAGCGUAUUCCUUUAUCACAGAAAACCCUGAACGUGCCGCUCUCUGUUUUCUGUCUGGGAUUUGUAUUGGACUUCUCUUGACCUUGUUGGCUUUAGUUGUCCAAAUCUCCUGUCAGACUGAUUGCAAGCGGUCGUCAGCCCAAAGGCCAUCAUGCAACAGUGACGGUAGCUGGAGUGACAGCGACUCAGAUACCACCUCGGACCUGUCUGUGCGACUGCAACGCCGGUUCGAAAGGACUCUGAACAUGAAUGUUUUUACCUCGGCUGAGGAGCUCGAGAGAGCCCAACGGCUGGAGGAAAGGGAGCGCAUCAUCCGAGAGAUAUGGAUGAACGGCCAGCCAGACAUUCCAGGAACCAGGAGCCUGAAUCGCUACUAUUGAGGGCAGCAAAUAGGAUUGAACUCCUGGGGUCUCUUAAGCCUGCUGGGAAGAGGACUGAAGGCCUACUGCGGAAAGGCAAUACUUUUACU